AUGAUGAUUUUCGGCUCGUUUGUUGCUGGUGCCACUUCCGAAGUUUUCAAAGAGCAUCAAUUCAGCCCUGCUCAUGCAAAAAUAUCAUUUGUCUCGAUCUGGUUCGCCUUUGCCGUUGCUCUCUGGAUUUUGAACAAGAAAAAGGAUCGACAAGUUUUCGACGAGAUCAGCAAAGAUGAAAAGUUCUCCGCAGAGAUUUUGGUGAUAACUGGUUUCCUCGGCGGAUUAUUCACAGGAGUCGCUGGAUCUGGCGUCGACAUUUGCUGCUUCUGCGUACUAACCCUGUACUUCCGCGUUUCGGAAAAGAUUGCAACCCCAACAUCCGUAGUCCUCAUGGCCAUGGUCAGCAUUUUCGGAUUCGCUUAUAAAUUCUUUCUCGGCACUCUCGCAACCAUUGCUUGGGACUACUGGAUUGUUUCUGGAAAAGAGCAGCUUGACCACAACAUAGUACCUGUGGUGCCAGUUGGAGCGAGUCUAGGCGCUUAUUGCGCGACUUUGGUAACGCGAACCACCCUUGCUAAGGCGGUUUACGUUCUCUGCACAGUUCAACUCAUUACCGGUUUCAUCAUCAUUCUUCCACGAAAACCGCAGCUAUCUCUUCUCGCGUUGGGAAUCAUUCUGGCUGCUUCGUUGGUAUUUAUGAUUUUAUCGCACUUGGGAGAGAAGAGAAUAAGUCGAUCAGGAAAUGAACCGGUUGGCUUGAUAAGUUCAGAUCGAGACGACUCUGUGGCCAAAAUCAGCUCCUAA